AAGUAUGAGAGUUUAGUGUGUGACAUGAGGUUGAGUUGAUAAUAUUUCUUCAAUUCGCUGUUAAUGCAACUCAAAUAAUGAAGUUAAUUUUCAUCAGAAAUCAUAUGGAUUGAACCGAAAAAAUUGUGUCGACCAGAACAUUUAUCGUAAAAGGAAAAGCCAGGCGAAAGAUUUUUUUUAAAGUACAGCAAACCGAAUUGAUCAGACAUAAAAUCAAUAAGUGAAAAUAUUUUUUUGUGUGAAACCUCAAAAUAUUUUGGUGUCUUUUUUUAGAGAAAAAGAAGAAGAAGAAGUGAAAAUAGAAAAAUUAAUACACGAUAGUGAUAGUGAACGUUGUAUGAUUACUGACAUUUUGCAGUGAUUAUAUUGUAUUUUAUGAUUAAAGUGUUUGCGGAAUUGAAAUAAAAAACAAAGCGCAAAACAUGGCAAACAUAAGCAAAUUAGCAAAAUAUCAAAGUAGCGCUGUGUGCCUUGCAGGUGUAUCAGCUGCUGUGUGGAUAAUUGUAUAUGGAAAAAUUUCCCACAGCCGACGGAAACGAAUCGGACCUGAAGAUCAAAUUCAGUAUAUGAUAUCAGAAAAGAGAGACAAAAAAAUUCAACGAGCGCAGGUCAAUUCGCUGUUCUUCAAGCAACUUAGAGAAUUAUUAGAUAUAAUAAUACCGGGAUUUUGGAGUAAAGAAUGUGCGCUGCUAUUUUUAAUUGCUGGUUCGCUGAUCGCCCGUUCAAUGAGUGAUGUUUGGUUGAUACAAACCAUUACUAUGAUUGAGAGCGCCGUCGUUACAAUGGACAAAACAAGAUUUCGAAGUAACAUAUUGCGAUACUUUUCUGCUUUGCCAUUGAUUGCAGUUAUAAACAAUGUCCUAAAAUGGGGAUUAGGCGAAUUAAAGUUGAGAUUUCGAACCAAUCUAUCCCAUCACCUAUACAAUCAGUACCUCAAAGGUUUUACGUAUUAUAAAAUGUCAAAUCUGGACAACCGAAUAUCGAAUGCUGAUCAGUUACUAACGACGGACAUUGAUAAGUUCUGCGAAAGUGUUACCGACGUUUAUUCGAAUGUUAGCAAGCCUAUCUUGGAUAUAGUUCUGUACGUUUACAGAUUGACAAUGACGCUGGGCGGAAAGUCACCAUCCAUUCUAAUGUUGUAUUUAUUAGUGUCUGGAGUGUUCCUUACCCAUUUACGGAAACCUACAGGACGACUGACCGUCGAAGAACAAAAACUAGAAGGUGAAUUCCGUUAUGUGAACAGUCGAUUGAUAACCAAUUCGGAAGAGGUAGCCUUUUAUCAAGGAAAUGUCCGUGAAAAGUUGACGAUUUUGGCCAGUUUCUCAAAAUUGACGUCACAUUUGAGGAAAUUUUUGGAAUUCCGUGUUGGCAUGGGAAUAAUUGACAACAUGAUUGCCAAAUAUGUUGCUACCGUUGUCGGCUUUUACGCAGUUUCGAUACCAUUUUUCACGCCAAAUCAUCCAUUUACCAAAGGCGACCAGUCUGAACGGUUAAAAAAUUAUUACACAUUCGGUCGUAUGCUGGUCAAACUUGCUGAAGCUAUCGGUCGUCUGGUGUUGGCUGGACGUGAAUUAUCACGUUUGGCUGGUUUUACGUCACGAAUGACUGAAUUGACCCAUGUCUUACGUGAACUGAACCAGGGCAAAUACGAACGAACCAUGGUCAGUAAUUCAAGUAGUGCAGACGCUGAAAUAGCGCCAUGCAAAGGAAUAAUCGCAUUCCAAGACAAUAUCAUCCGCUUCGAUAAAGUACCAUUGGUGACACCCAACGGUGACAUUUUAGUGCGUGAGCUCACAUUCGAAGUGAUGUCCGGCCAAAAUGUCUUAGUAUGUGGACCGAAUGGUUGCGGUAAAUCAAGUCUAUUCCGUAUACUGGGCGAACUAUGGCCCACAUGGGGUGGCAAAUUGACCAAACCUCCGCGAGGCAAACUGUUUUACAUUCCACAAAGACCAUACAUGACACUGGGUACAUUACGCGAUCAAAUUAUUUAUCCUCAUACACAUGCCGAAAUGAGACGACGCGGUCGCACCGACGAAGAUUUAAGCGGAUUCUUGGAAUUGGUUCAACUGUCGUAUUUGCAGGUGCGUGAAAAGGGAUUGGACGCCGUCGAAGAUUGGAUCGAUGUGUUGUCCGGCGGUGAGAAGCAACGCAUUGCGAUGGCACGUCUGUUUUACCAUUCGCCACAGUUUGCGAUUUUAGACGAAUGUACAAGUGCGGUGUCGGUUGACGUUGAAGGUAGCAUGUAUCAAUAUUGUAAAAAGGUCGGAAUUACAUUGUUCACGGUGUCGCAUCGCAAGUCGCUGUGGAAACACCACGAACAUUAUUUGCAAUUCGAUGGCCGUGGUAGUUAUGUUUUCGAACCGAUCGAUAGCACCAAAGAGCAAUUCGGAUCGUAGAUGCGAUAACAGGAAAUGUAAUGAUUUGUGCUGCAAAUUGUUUCCUUUCUCCCCUUUU